UGCGGACUGAGGCCAUAGCUACUUCCCAUCGCCUGCGGACUGGAGGGCCUUAUCCAUUUACCAACUCGUCACGGACCGUUUUGCUGACGGGGAUCCGAGGAACAACGAAGCGCUCGAAGGAGGCUUCGACGUGAGGGACAUGGCCUUCAGGCAUGGAGGCGACUUCGUGGGCCUCAGAGAAAAGCUUGACUACAUCAAAGGUCUGGGAUGUCAGGCCAUUUGGAUUUCACCGAUUUUCCAGAAUGGGUUCAACUUCUACCAUCAGUACGCACAACACGACUUCACUUUGAUAGAUCGUCGGCUGGGUACUUUGGAGAAGCUUCGAGCCUUGACCCAGGCCGCCCACGAACGGGGUAUGUAUAUCCUCGUGGAUGUGGUGAUGAAUCACAUGGGCAACGAGUUCUUCUUCGAGGGACACUCAAGCGACACUGCGCCUUUCCGCUUUCAUGAAAUCGGUGGCCUUCGAGAGUAUAGGCUUAUCCCUCGAAGAAGCAGCCGUGAGCUCUAUGACACUCCAGUCGGGAAGCAGCCCUACAUGGACUUCUGGUACAAUAACACCUGGGUGGCCGAGGCCCAGUAUGCUAGCCCCUUCUAUGGUCAAUAUGGCGAGGCUGCCUGGGACCAGGGUCGAGGAACCUACGAAAGCUCCGAUUUUCAUCACAACGGUGACUUGCAGAACUAUGCAGACCCAUGGGAGAUCAAUGUCGCCAAGAUCUAUGGAACCAUGGAUGACUUGAGAUUGGAGAGCCGGCGGGUUCAGGAGAAAUACUUGGCCAUGACCGAAGCGCUGAUUGCAAGUGUGGAUGUGGAUGGCUUCCGUGUAGACACUCCCAUGCAGGUACCGUUGCCCUUCUACAAGCACUGGGCUCCUGCGAUCCGAAGAUAUGCCAAGUCCUUGGGCAAGGAACAUUUUGGCAUCUUCGGGGAGUUCUACGUCACCACGGAGCGCUACGCCACCAUGACAGGCCGUGGGCGGGACAACACGAUGUAUGGCCAAGAACGCUUCAUUCCUGGCGAAGCUACCCUGAAGGGUGGAAUCGUGUAUCCAUACUACUGGUACACCUUCACCGCCCUUGUCUACAAGAGACCAGAGUUUGCAAGCGGCUUUGCUCUGGCCUACAAGGAGGAGAAUCGCAUGAUUGACACCUUUGAUCCCACCACUUCGCGCUCAGAAUAUGCACAAUGGAUCUUCUGCAACAACCAUGACAACUGGCGCUUGCAAGCAUUGACUGGCCAGGAACAAUUGAAGAUGUGUUUGGCCGUGAUCACCUUUUGGCCAGGUUUGCCCCUGCACUAUGCCGGUGACGAGCAGAGUAUUGAUACGCCUGGAAGUGCUUUAGAUGGCUGGGCUCGUGAAGAGCUCAGCACCUCCUUAGCCUGGACUGCAGUCAAGACGUCCCAGGAUGGCAACCCUGCAGAGCGCGACAACUUUGACAUGACCUCCUCCAACUAUCGCUACAUCGCACGGCUCAAUGCCCUGCGCCGGGCGUAUUUCGGCGCUUUCGGGCAGGCCUCCUGCGAUGAGGUGAAGACCCCUCAACCUGAAGUGCAGGACUUGCUGAUUUUCUGGCGAGGAUGUGAUGUGGAAGGCCGAGUGCUUGUAGCUGCUAACUUCCACUCUGAGGAGGCCAGGACGGCAGCAUUCUACUCUCCAUGGAGUGAGGGCACACGGCUGCUGGAUGCCCGCACGUCUGACGAGGAUGGCCGAAGAGAGGUGCUCGUCGAGGCCUCGGGCUUUGUCUCCUUGGACCUUCAAGCUUUAGAGGCCGUGAUUCUCGUGCCUGGACCCUUGAGAGCAUUGCCACCGCUGGUCAUUGAGACCUGGCCCAAACACGGAGAAGUGCUUCAGGCGAAUGAGAUGACUGGCAGGCUUCAACUACGCUUCGACGGGGCCAUGCAAGAAGAUGUGGCUGAACACGUCCUCUUGGACGGAGAAAAGAUCUUUAGUUGUACUGACUCCACCUGCCAGGAGCUCACCGCGCAGCUCGGGGAGCUGGCAGAAGGCUUUCAUGAGGUCGUGGUGGAGAAUGGUGCUACCAGCACCAACGGCCAGCAGCUUUUUUCCACCUUCCAUUCCAGCUUCAUGGUGCGCCAGAAGGCGGGCCUCAUCACUGAGCCCAGAAGGCAUGAGCAGCCUGGCCUGAUUUGUAUCGAUUUUGGGCAUCUUUGCCACCAGGCCGCUGGGGCCACUUGGAUGAGGAUCCAAAAUGUGCAGCGCCAUGGUCAAUGGUCCGAGUGGAUGCCGUAUGCCAACCUCACCGAAUGGCGAGUGUAUCCUGGCAUUCCUGUCCUGGUCCAAUAUCAUGCUGGAACCAGCUCCAGCUACAUUGCUGGAGACUGUGUUCAAGCUGAUGGAUCCAGAUGCUAUGCAAGUUGGCAUCCAGAGAUGUUUCUGAGAGCAGACUUCAACGGGUGGGGUUUGAUCCAAGACGGUCGCAUGGCCCGUGUGGAUCAUUUUACCUGGGCCAGCAACGUGACGCUCUCCCGCUUCUCCCGUGCCAAGUUUGCACCACAGCAGGGUUGGAAGAAGUCUUAUGGAGUCCAUCCGCGGAGGCCUUUGCUCUAUGCCAUGCCCACCUUUGAUCCCAGGUACAACAACUUUCAGUACGAGCCACUCAUCUCAGGAACGGAUGCGACCCGCAAAUGGAUGGUGGAGAGAGAGUUCUGGUCUGCGGAGGAGUCCCUGGCUUCUGGCGCCGAGUUCGCCAGCGAAUUCUGGAUCGGCUACCAGUGCACGGCGGAGGAGCCGAGGUGCCCGGUGCCCAAACAGGAUGCCAACAAGUGGAGGUGCUACAGCUUCUCAAGCUCUCAGGACAUCAACUGGUGCCGAAGCGUUGGAACAGAUGAUUGUUGGGAGUACGCGGAGAACGAUUGGUCUUCCUCCAUGUCAGACUGUGCUGGAUGCUCCUGCUGUCGCCGUGCAGCUGCACCGAAUCUGGAUGGGCCUCGAAGUACCUGCUGCGUACUCUUCAACGAUCUCACCCUGAACUACACGGUGACCUCCAACUUGACCCGUUGUGCGCCGAAGGCUAUCAUGGAGAUACCGCAGGAGGAACGCCUUCAGGAGAAGGAGACGUCGAGCAAAGAGCCAGUCGUGGAAUGUGACCGCUCGAUGCCUGAACCGUUGGACGUUCAAUCUGCACCGGAAGAGCUUAAGGCGGGCGCCACGGUGGAAGAGACCCUCACCUGGAGCCGUGCGCGACUCCAACGGGCGGAGGAAGAGUUCCAGAAGCAAGAGUGGGAACGCAUGCCAUCACCAAACAGCUGGCACAAUGAGGUCGUGUACAGCCUCAUGGUGGAUCGCUUUGCCAAUGGAGACCUCUCCAAUGACCAGCACAACAUUCCAUCCUUCCAAAAGCAGGAGUUGUCUGUGGGUGAGCCCUGGUCGUUGCAGAAAUGGCGCCACGGUGGUGAUUUGCUCGGCGUGAUGUCCAGGCUAUCAUACUUUCGGCACUUGGGCGUGACGGUGGUUGCACUGUCUCCCAUUUUCCUCAACUCCAAGGGAGAGUAUCAUGGCUUCGCCACCACCGACAUCUCACAGAUUGACCCUGGCUUCGGUGAUGCCGAGCUUCUUCGCAUCUUCGUGCAUGAGGCACAUCAACUGGGAAUCCGCGUGGUGUUGGAUCUUCAGGUCAACCACUUGAGCGGCAAUCUGCAAUACAGGCAGGACUAUGGGAAUGGCGUCGACCAAGUAAGCAGCUGUGUGAAGAGUUUCGAAGAGGUGUACCGAAACAGCAGCGGACGCUUCAAUGCGCAGAGGGCGC